GGCUCCUCCUAGGCUUGGCGGGAAAAAGAACUAAGGGGAGGGCUCCUCGGUGCAGUAUAAAAGCCGCUUUUCUGGGCUUUAUCUGACUCGCUGUAGUAAUUUCUGCGAGAGGCAGAGGGAGCGAGCGGGCGGGCCGGGCAGAGUAGAGCAGCCAGCGCCGGGCCGAAGGAGAUCCGGAGCGAAAGAGAGCUUCGCCUUCGGCCAGUACCCCCACCAUCCCGGCGACCACCACCCACCCGCGACACCCCUCCCCGCGAGCCCUCGCCGAGUCAGCGGAACUUGGGCCACUGCGGCAGACGGUCACUUUGCACUAGGACCUACAGCCGACAGACCCGGGGUGGCUGCUCCACCAGCUGGGGACCCUUACCCCGGACCGUUCCUCUGAGAGGUGGUUUUCCCGCGGUUCGGGAGCAAGAUUCCGCCGGGUCUCCGAACACCCGCAGGCUGCCGUCAGGAUGCCACUCAACGUCAGCUUCGCCACCAACAGGAACUAUGACCUGGACUACGAUUCCGUGCAGCCCUAUUUCUACUGCGAUGAAGAAGAGAACUUCUACCAGCAUCAACAGCAGAGCGAGCUGCAGCCGCCGGCGCCCAGCGAGGAUAUCUGGAAGAAAUUCGAGCUGCUGCCCACCCCACCCCGAUCCCCGAGCCGCCGCUCCGGCCUCUGCUCGCCCUCCUACGUUGCUGUCACAUCCUUCUCCCCCCGGGGAGACGAAGGCGGCGGCGGUGGAGGCAGCUUCUCCACCGCCGACCAGCUGGAGAUGGUGACCGAACUGCUGGGGGGCGACAUGGUGAACCAGAGCUUCAUCUGCGACCCGGACGACGAAACCUUCAUCAAGAACAUCAUCAUCCAGGACUGCAUGUGGAGUGGCUUCUCAGCCGCUGCCAAGCUCGUCUCAGAGAAGCUCGCCUCCUACCAGGCUGCGCGCAAGGACAGCAACAGUCCGAACCCUGCCCGCGGCCCCGGCGGCUGCUCUACCUCCAGCCUCUACCUUCAGGACCUGAGCGCCGCUGUCUCCGAGUGCAUCGACCCCUCGGUGGUCUUCCCCUACCCGCUCAACGACAGCAGCUCUCCCAAGCCCUGCACAUCUCCGGACUCCGGCGCCUUCUCCCCGUCCUCGGACUCUCUGCUCUCCUCCACUGAGUCCUCCCCACGGGCCAGCCCCGAGCACCUGGUGCUCCAUGAGGAGACACCACCCACCACCAGCAGCGACUCCGAGGAAGAACAAGAGGAUGAGGAAGAAAUCGACGUUGUUUCGGUGGAAAAGAGGCAGCCCCCCACCAAAAGGUCAGAGUCAGGGUCACCUUCCACCGGGGGCCACAGCAAACCUCCACACAGCCCGCUGGUCCUCAAGCGGUGCCACGUCUCCACCCAUCAGCACAAUUACGCGGCGCCCCCGUCCACUAGGAAGGACUACCCCGCUGCCAAGCGGGCCAAGCUGGACAGUGGCCGCGUCCUGAAGCAAAUCAGCAACAACCGCAGAUGCGCCAGCCCCAGGUCCUCCGACACCGAGGAGAAUGACAAGAGGCGGACACACAACGUCCUGGAACGCCAGAGGAGAAACGAGCUGAAAAGGAGCUUUUUCGCCCUGCGUGACCAGAUUCCAGAGUUGGAGAACAACGAGAAGGCCCCCAAGGUGGUGAUCCUUAAAAAAGCCACCGCGUACAUCCUGUCGGUCCAGGCAGAGGAGCAAAAGCUCCUUUCAGAAAGGGAUUUGUUGCGGAAACGGCGAGAACAGUUGAAACACAAACUUGAGCAGCUACGGAACUCUUGUGCAUAAGCCGACCUCUGAGAGGGAGGAACUGGACUGGCACAUGAAUUCUUAUUUGUUACUGGGGAGGGGGGAGUAAGGAAAAAGGUUCCUUCUGACAGAACUUCAGCAAUCCAUUCUGUAUGAACUUAUUUCAAAUGCAUGGUCAAAGUGCAACCUCACAACCUCGGCUGGGUCUUUGGACUGUAAGGUUUAGCCAUAAUGUAAACUGCCUCAAAUGGGACUUUGGGCAUAAAAGAACAUUUUUUUAUGCUUGCCAUCUUUUUUUGUUUUGUUUCUUUUAACAGAUUUGUAUUUAAAGAAUUGUUUUAAAAAAAAAAUCUAAAGUUUACCCAACUCUCCUGUGUACAUAUGGCCAUUAAAUGUAAAUAACUUUAAUAAAACGUUUAUAGCAGUUAUACAAGAUUUCAAGC